AUGGCCUGGAGUCAACUUUCUGGAUGCCAAGGGGUUAUCGAUGUACAAAAUCAAUCAGACCUUUCUCAAUUACACGGCUGCACGUCAUUCAUGGGAACAAUAUCUAUAAAAGGAACUAAAUUUAUAAACCUUUCGAUUCCCAAGCUACAAACACUUCAAGGAACAUUCGUUGUACAAUACAAUCCAUAUCUUAGUAGUCUUUCAUUACCCGACCUGAGAUCAGCCAGCAACUUAAUUUUCGCGCAAAAUAAAGCUCUGGCAGCAAUCAAUGUACCAAAAUUAAAAACUGUUACUACGUUCAAUGUUAAUUCUACUCUGAGAUUAAAGGCGUUGUCUUUCCCAGCUGUAUUGAAUACCAUUGAGAAUUUCGAAAUCGCGGAUACUGCGAUUGAAUUAGUGAAGGGGAUUGAUGUGUCACGUGUAAGUAGUUUAGUUUUGUUACGAAAUGAGAAUUUGAGAAGCUUGGCGCUGCCGAGUCUUUUAUCUGCCGAAUCAUUGGAAAUGAUCGGAAAUGGUCGAGGAAAUUUUCAAUUUGAGGCAUUAAUUCUAGAUUUAUUGGGACAAGGAAACUUCAAAAACCUCGCAUUAGCAUCUUUUCCCUCACUCAACAAAGUAAUUUCAAGUUUAACAUAUAUCGAAAACUCGAUUACCUCCCUUUCCUUACCCAAAUUAUCUGAAAUCGGCAACACUCUUACGGUGUCUUCAAAUUCUCUACUUGAAACAAUGUCGUUUCCUGAAUUAUCUCAUAUCGGUGAAGACUUAAUCAUAGAAUCGAACCAAGAUUUAGCUGAAGUUGACGGCUUUGAUAAACUCUAUCGAAUUGAUGGGAAGACACAAAUAUCAGGCGACUUCUCAACUGUGCUAUUUCCCUCUUUGGAAGUUGUUGGUCAUGGGGUGAAUGUUGAGUCUAGUUCUGCGAGCGUUGGAUGCAACGGAUUCAAUAGUCUACGCGUUGGAGACGCUAAAGUAAAUAAUAUUGACUGUUCAUUAAGCGCUGGUAAAAAGAAUCACUCAAAUGACCACUCAAGAUUCACGAAUAAUAGUACGAUGUUUGAUACGCAAGAAUCCGUUACCGGGCAGAAACAAGAACACGCAAACACGAACAACGAUGCCAAACAGCAACAAAAUAUUUAUAUCGCAACUAUGAAUGGUGCAAAUAAAAUCAAUCCACAUAUGAUUAUUUUUAUUGUUUUUAUUGCGUGUCUUAUGGAUUAUUUCGCAAUUUAA